AUGAACCCGAUCAACCUUGACAACGAUGUCUGGUCGAUAGAUGCGCUCAAGACUGCACUAAAAAGUCACACUCUAUUCAAGCGCUAUGGGAUGGAAAUGCCGGCAAAGGUACUGAAGAAGGAUCUAAAAAGCGUCGCCCGACGUUUUGACCAACACGACAAGUCGACUAUGAUCGCGGAUGGCAAACUCCCCGAACCUAUCGCGUAUGACGACGGAUACUAUGCUGUCAAUGCCGACCUGAGACCCAUGGCCGAAGCAGCCGGCAUGAAGAACACUCAUGGAAAGAAUUUCAACAAGAUGGGUUUAGCUAAGACAUUGAUCAGAUGGGAUGUCGAUCACGCUCCUCGCGUUGCUAUAUUCCUACCACGACGGAAGAAGGAGGAAAAGCCUGACAUGCCAAAGAGGGCCGUUCAGACGCAGAACAAGACUGGAGUAGAACCAUUGAAGUCGAAGAAACGCAAGGCUGUGCCAGCCCAGCCUUCAGUACCACCGAAGCGCCAGAACAAGACCAAAACGACCGCGAAUGACGACGACGUGGAGAUGAGCGAUGAAGACGAAUCGGGCGACGACGGAUUUCUCCCGCAGCCUGCGAUCAAGGGCAUCAUGUCGACUCGGACACUACGCCAGAAGCAAACGCCUGCCCGUAAGCCUCGAAAAGGUCAAGCGAUUGCUCCCCAGACACACAUCGGAGCAAACAAAAACAUGCAUGAGGUGACAUAUAGGCAGGUUGACGAAGAUGAAGAAGGUGAUCCUAGAGACGAUGCUGCAGGUCACGCCGACGAGGAGGACGACGAGGAGUUCAAGGUUGACGCCGGAGAGUUGCAAUGGUCAAGUACAAAGCGACGUGCACUUGGACGCCUUGCAGCGCGAGGCGAGAAACCUAAGAAGAAACCUACAAAGGCAGACCAGGCGAGACCUGAUCCCAGCGAGGAUGGCACGCAGAAUACCGCAGAGCGACACGCGAACGAACAGCAGGAGAAAGAUGAUGAAGAGAAAGGCAUAAUUCAUAACGCGCAUCGGCUUGGGGGCUACAAUACCUCUGCUCUCGCAGACACCUUUCGCGUCAAGAACAAGACAGUUCAUGCGCACAUGGAAGGGCACAUCCGGCCUGGUGUUGAGCCUGCACCUACUGAUCAGCUGGGCACAUGGCGCCUCUACGAGCGUUAUGUAGACCUGGCAAAAAGAGAAGGAAGGGAUCCGGACCUGUGGAUGGGCGGAGGAGCCUCGCCCUGA